AUGAGCCAAGCACCACCUCGCCAAAAGACGACAGCUCCUGCCUCAAGUCAGAGCAGCGGAAACAUGACUGCUCGACGAAAGCAAGGAUCAAACUUGCAAUUUGAAGCGAUGAAAAGCACGGCUAUUCCAUCACUUUUUGAUAUAUGUGCUAAAUUAUUGCAAACUCAUGUCGAUAGUUUACCAAUUUUGGACAAUGUCGAGGAUGCUAUUAUACAGCGUAUUCUUUCAGCUUGUGAUGCUACAAAGCUUGAUGAAAUUGAAAGUAAGAACGAGCAAGCAGGCAUAGAAUUAAAUACCGAUGAUCUAUGGAGAAUUUUGACUAUACGAGAUUUUGGAGGAGCCUGUGCUGAUAAAGAUCCAGUUAUUUCUCGCAGAGCUGCAUCCAAUACAAUUAGAAAUAGUAGUGGUAGUAGAUCACGUUCUUCGUCCUCUUCAUCUUCUAGAAGUAGAAACACAUCAAAUACAGCAACAACAGCCCCAAAGAAGAGCAAACUCUGGACAAAAUCUUUGGGAGAGACAUCAACAUCACGUAAAACAAAAGAAUCCACUACUACAUCAGCACCUCAAAAAUUUUCAAACCAGGAAAGCCUGCUUCAAUUGUGA